AUGGCCGUCGUUCGCGCGGUCCUAGUAUUGUUAGCGUCCACUGCACAGGCGUGGAUGCCCGACUCAAACGCACGAAUCCACGUGAAAUACGGCGAUGAAAAUUCAGAACAGUUCGUGGGUAAUGCAACGGCACCGGACCAUUUCCGAAUUUUAGACAGAGACGACUUCUCUAUUAUAGUUGGUGGCAGGAAUACUGUCUACAAUCUCAGUCUCUACGAUCUGUCAGAAAACGUUGAUCAGCGCUUAGAGUGGCAAUCGACAGAAGCACAUAAAGAGUUAUGUCAGCUAAAAGGAAAAUCUCCAGAUGAAUGUCAAAAUUAUCCCCGGAUUGCUGUGCGAGCGCACGGCCGCUUCCUCGUUUGUGGCACGAACGCUUUCAAACCACAAUGCAGGCGCUAUGGAAGACAUCCCCCUUACCGUCAUAUCGAUGAAUUUGAUGGGAGUGGCCGAUGUCCGUAUGAUCCUCAGCACAAUUCGACUUCUGUUUUUGUCGAUGGGCAACUCUAUACGGCCACGGCAGCGGAUUUCUCGGGCACUGAUCCACUAAUUUAUCGCGAGCCAGUAAGGACAGGACGGUCAGAUCUCUUGUUAUUAAAUGACCCGUCAUUUGUUGGAUCGGUUGCUUCCACCAGUCAUGCUUAUUUCUUCUACAGAGAAACCGCAGUGGAAUACAUGAAUUGUGGAAAGGCUGUUUAUUCAAGAGUUGCAAGAAUAUGUCUUAACGAUAAAGGAGGCCCGAAUCGAUAUAGCGAUCAAUGGAUGUCAUUUCUCAAAGCCCGUAUGAACUGUUCAAUGCCUGGAGACUAUCCUUUCUAUUUUGACGAAAUUCAAGCUACAACAGAACUUAUAAAUGGUAUAUAUGGCAGUGGUAACAGUCGAAAUGACAUAAUGUACGCAGUAUUCACAACACCGCAAAACGCAAUCGGCGGAUCAGCGGUAUGUGCAUUUGCAAUGAGAGAUAUUAUAGAUGCUUUUGAGGGACUCUUCAAAGGACAAGAAAAUUGGAACUCAAAUUGGCUACCCGUUAAAAAAGAGAAAAUACCUCAAACCAGGCCCGGUUCUUGCGUGGAGGAUAGUAGGACUCUUUCAGAUGAAGUCGUUAACUUCGUAAAGGCCCAUCCUUUGAUGGAUAAAGCGGUACCGUCGUUUUUAGCACGACCUAUACUGAUUAGAGUCAGUCUGCAAUACAGAUUUUCCGCUAUUGCCGUUCAUCCUCAAGUUCAAGCAAUGAAUGGAAACAAAUACGAUGUAUUGUACAUCGGCACUGACGAUGGUAGAGUAAUCAAAGCUGUUAAUGUUGCCUCUAACGAAGGCGUUUUUGACGCGAGCGUAGAUGAAUAUAGCAAAAAUCCUGUGAGGACCGCAGUCAUUUCUGAAGAACAGGUUCUGCCUCAAGGUGUACCUAUCAAACAGAUGCACGUUGCUCUGACCACUGAAAAAUUGAUAGUGGCUUCGGGUGAUAUUAUUAAAGCUGUAACAUUAUCCCACUGCGGGAACGUGCAAUCAUGCAGAGAAUGCGUUUCAUUACAAGAUCCACACUGCGCUUGGGACUCCAAGGAACAACAAUGUUCAUGGGUUGGGAACAGACAAUUUCCGAAUCCUGAGAGAUUCUUACAAAAUGUAGAACAUGGAAAGACUGAUAUUUGUAAUAAGCUCCCCGCUCUGUUACCGGGUGAACGACAUAGCAACAGAAAUCCUGGAACUAAAAAACCUUCCUCCUCCGAAUCCGAAGCACGACAAAAGACUGAUGACAUUCAAAAUGAAAUUUUUAUAGAAGAAGUUUUAGAAACAAACGUUAUAGCGGAAGAGAAAAAUUCACACAACAAUAAACACGAAACCGAUUUGCUGACAGUAGAAGCAGCCGAUGGGAAUAUUUAUAGUGCACAAGCGCUCUUCACAGCCGUAGUGGCGUCUUGUCUCGUUACCCUCAUGGUUGGGUUUGUCUUCGGAUAUCUAUUUUCGCGCCGAUUUCGACACCCAUUUUUUUCCGAUUCCCCACCUUUUAAUGAACAACACAAUCAUUUAAAUAGAUUAAGUCCAUUAGAAACUCCAUUAAACGCAAACUCUGCGUAUCUCCCACCUCGAUCAAAAAACGUCAAUAUGGUAGCGAACGUCUGCCCUCUGGCAAAACAAGACAACUUGCACCUGGAGCUCGGCAAAGAGCGGACUCUAGAUUUACGAAAUUCCACCGAAUCCCUGGAUAAAGAUCUCAAGUGCGGCACUUUACAAAAAGUGAAAAAAACAUACAUAUGAGAAUUAUUAAGAGAAACUGUAUAUGGGUCCAUUACUAAGUGACUUGAAUAAUCAAGUGUGUGCCAAGUCUUCCGAUGUAUUCGGUCAAGACCGGAAUGUAAAUGUGUGACUAUUGUUUACGGUGUAAAUAUCAUAUUUAAAAUUUUGUGUGCAACACGGGACUGUUAAAGAAUUCGUGACUACUCAAGCAAUGUACUCGAACCGUGAAGAUUGUGAUUAAAUUUUGUCUAUGACUAUAAUUCAUUUUAUAAGGGGGUACCUCGAGCAACAUUAAAUGGAAAACUGUACCAAAUUUUUUGAUCUUUUAUAUUUCUGUUGACAUGCUCAUACAACUACAAGUACCUACGUACUUACCUAGUCCUAAUUCUUGAGUUUUUUUUUAGAUAUUGGCAAAUUAAGAUUGAUUGAGAUUCAAUUAUAUUUUCUAUAAGAAUCUCGUUUCUCUCUGUUCGAAUUUCGUUUUCAUUUUUGAGGAUAUAUGAUUAAAACUAUACAAGACUACAUAGCGGUAAUUUUGUAAUAUUUUUUUAACGUCGAUUAUUUUAGGUACCCCGAUACAUUACAUUCUUAGUUUAUUAAAUAUAGCUUAGAUUCGAACAUUGGAUGACAUUGAAGAGAUAUUUGCAUUUCAGAAUUCAGUUAAUUUUUGUAGGUACCAAAAAUUACUCUACAAAUAUUACUCCGCCAUGUGUCCGGCAUAUCAAGCUAUAUUUAAUAAACCAUAGCAGCUGACAAUUAUUGUCAUUUAUAUGAUUAGUGCAUAUCGCUAAUGAAAAUUGGAAAUUUUGUAAAAAGAUACUUUACGUUAUUGUUGAUGCAUUCCAAGAAUUUUUUAUUCAAAUAAUGUUGCGGUGCAGCUAUUUUGUAAAUAUAAUUUAAUGUGUAUAUAACGACAUAGUUACAUACUGUUAUUAGAAUAAAUAGGGCUCAAAAUCCUAAUUUGACAAAGUCAAAUUCGAAGAUAUCUGUUCUGAUAUACUUACAAUUGAUGUAUAAACAAACUGUUAUUUAACAAUCUGCUGUAACAUGAACAGUACCUAAUCGACCACUCGAAUCACAAUUGUUAUUACAUAAUUUAUACGUAUGUUGAGUAGAAAGAUGUCAUGAUUAAACAAACAAAUAUAUAUUUUAAAACAUUGUUAAUUGAAAACUGCAGAAAAUAAUACCUUAGUUUAAACGGCUAUAAUGCUAGUAGGUAUCGAUGUUCUUAUGUAGAUAUCAGAAAAAAUUAAUUGAGAACAAAACUGGUCUAAUGGCCGAGCCCAGCAUGUUUUUUUAUAUUUUUUAUUGCUUAGGUGGGUGGACAAGCUCACAGGCCACCUGGUGUUAAGUGAUUACUGGAGCCCAUAAACAUAUACAACGUAAA